AUGUGUGGCGCAAAAUUUUUGAACGAUACUGCUAUUGAAAUAUACACUGAGAGAAGACGUGGACAUUCAUAUGUGGUAAAAACAAACGGCACCGGUCAAUUUCAGGCUAUCGCAGGUGUUUUAUUCCUUAUCGGUGAUUUGGAACAACAACUGAUAAUUCAUCAUUACUGUGAUGUUGACGUCGAUGACCAUAUAAGCGCAAAUCUUACGUGGAAUUACCGCACCGGUUUGCUACGCCAGCAAGGGAAAAUGGAAGCUUAUACGAUAUUGGUCGCUUAA